GCUCAUCGUUAAUCAUAAGACGGACCGCGUUUUAAUAUUUCACGCUUUCGCGGCGAUGUGUUUUACGGUGUAACCGGUUUCAGACUGAUCUCUUCUCCUCUCUUUCACACAGAGCGGUGCAGACCUUAAUGUGCGACGGCUGCACAAAGAUGUGAGUGGCUGGGGUCUCGACUCACGCGGACAGACAGGUUUGACCACAGGAGUUUGGUGCCGGUUCAUCGAGGGGCAGAGCGGGCGCGGGUCUCGCAUGCGCUACGGGAACAUUACCGUGGUGCGCUGAACGGGAGGAAUGCGGCCGGCGGCGGCACUUUGCGCUCGAGGACCCGGGAGUCCGCAGUGAGGAGGGAAACCCGCGAGGGAUCGGAACCCGGGAACCCCGGGGGCUGGAGCUCCCCCGUGCGGUCGGUCCCGCCAGCAUGGUGAUGUCGCAGGGCACCUACACGUUCCUGGCGUGCUUCGCCGGCUUCUGGCUCGUCUGGGCCCUCGUCGUCAUGCUCUGCUGCCUGUGCAGCUUCGUGCAGCGGCGCCUCAAGCGGCGACGCGAGGAGCGGCUCCGGGAGCGAUGUCUGCGUGCCCUCGAGAUGGAGCCCCUGGGGUGUCUCCCCGGCGCCUCGUCUGAGCCGCCGCAGUUCUGCCCGCCGCAGGUGCUGCCCUCGCAGCUGCAGCCGCCGCCCGCCGCCAUGACGGGCACCUGGUCCGCUCCGCCAGAGGCGGAUGUUUUUGGGGAGCCCCCGUGCUACGAGGAGGCCGUUCAGAUGGAGGACCUCCCGCCCUCCUACAGCGAGGUCUUAGCCGACACCAGGGGAGGGACCUACACCAAGCCCAUGUCCAGCAUAUCCCGCAAGCCUCAGGACCCUGAAACGAGCAAGGCGGCGCCGGAGCCAGCCUUCCCCCAGCGUGGCUACUCCACCCUCAUCCACCUCCCCGCGCACAGCCACGUGCACGCGCACGACCGCUGGGACCCCCUGGGCCGCCUGCUCUCCAGCAUGGACCUCAACUGCAGCAACCUGGCACCAGACCCCCAGGCCUCUGCCUACACCACGUUGCCCCGGGGGAGGAGGACCAACAUGGAGCUGGGGCUCGCUCGCCCCCGGCUGGACGACACGUGCACGCUGCCCACUGCCUUCCCUGUGUUUGGCCGCAGUACCGCGGUGUAGGCCGACCAACCGGGCGGAGCCGCCCCCUCCUUGAAGACCAGUGUCGGUGCUUCCUCCGAGUGAUCUCCAUCUGUUGGCUCGCUAGGAGGUGCUGUCCGGGGGCAGCACGUCGAGGGGGGACACGCACGAGAAGGCCACGGGCGGCCCACGGCAUCCGGGUCGAGGGUUCCCUCGGUGCCGGCCGCAGCUCUCGUCCACUUCUCCGCUGCCCCGACACGGCGACAAGCAGCUGUUAUGUCACGAUCCUGUUGCCAUGGCACCCGGAGCGCAUUGUUGCAGUCUCCUGCUGCCUCCCACUCCCAUGUGUGCUCGGUUCUUUUUUCUGACCUCGCAGAUAAAACGCAUAAAACACGACUGUGGAGUCCCACCUGGCAAAAAAGCGAAAAUGAAGUGGAAGCACCCAAUUA